CCGUUGGUGCAGUGGAGGAGGGUCAGGGCGGUGAGUAUAUAAAUCGGGCGCGGGGCUUGUUUUCACAGAGGCCCGGGACCGUUGGUGAGCAGUGGAGGAGGGUCAGGGCUUUUUUACCAAAAUCCGUAACGUUCCACACUCCAUAGUGAGGAUUUUGGUGGAAGCCGCUGAUUGGUGGAAGCAGACUAGAGGAAGCAGCUGAUUGGGUGCAACAUCAGGUUAGCAUUUGUGCUUUCUGGUUAAAGGUGCAGUGCUUUAGUAAAGGUACAGUGAGCCAAGGGUACAGUGGGCUAAAGGUACAGUGCUUUUUGUUUAUAUAAUAAAGGUGCAGUUUAAAGGUCACGAGGGAGCAGCUGUUGUGAGUCAGAUACCUGCUGAUUUCUCCCAGCAGUUUCUAUUGUAUUAUACUGGUAUCAGAUCCAGGGUAAGGCGGGAGAAUGACAGUCAGAGCAGUGUACUGUUCUGGAUGUCAGAUGUGGGAGGUCAUGGUGUCGGAUGGCCCUCCAGACAUCCACAUCUGCACCAGGUGCAGCGAGAUGGGGCUCCUAAGGGACCGUAUUAGGAUCCUGGAGCAGCAGCUCGAUGACCUCGCUCUGAUCAGGGAGAGUGAGGAGGUCAUAGAGGGGAGUUAUAGAGAGGUGGUCACUCCAAAACCACGGGAGAGAGACAUGUGGGUCACGUUAAGGAAGGGCAAGGGGCAGAGGCAGGAACGAGUGAGUACUCCAAUGUCGGUACACCUCGCAAAUAAGUACUCCUGUUUGAGUACGGAUGGGGGUGACAGCCUACCCGGGGGUAGUGACAGCGGACGGGCCUCCAGCACAGAGACCGGCCCUGUUGCUCCAAAAGCUAGGGAAAAAAAGAGGGCCCUAGUAAUUGGGGACUCUAUUGUUAGGGGGUCGGAUAGGCGAUUCUGUGGACGCAGUCGGGAGACCAGGAUGGUGGUCUGCCUCCCUGGUGCCAAGGUCUCGGACGUGUCUCAACGCAUCCAAGAUAUCCUUAAAUCAGAGGGAGAGGAGCCUGAGGUCGUGGUACAUAUAGGUACCAAUGACAUAGGAAAAAAAAGGGAAGAGGUCCUGAAGGGAGGAUUUAGGGAGUUGGGAGGAGAGUUAAGAAAAAGGACCAAAAAGGUAACCAUAUCAGGAUUACUGCCUGUGCCACGCGACAGUGAGAGUAGGAAUGGAGCGAGGUGGAGGAUAAAUGCGUGGCUGAAAGACUGGUGCAGAGGGCAGGGAUUCAAGUUCCUGGAUCAUUGGGACUUCUUUUGGGGAAGGUGGGACCUGUACAGAAAGGAUGGGUUGCACUUGAACCCGAGGGGGACCAAUAUCCUAGCGGGGAAAUUUGCAAAGGCAGCUGGGGAGACUUUAAACUAGAAUGGUUGGGGCGAGGGACUCAAAUAGCGAAAGGUAGUAGACAGAAUGGGAGGCAGGAAGCAGAAAUGGGAAGCACUCGGACACAAG